AUGAGGCUGACCCGUCUCGACCAGAUAACCUUGCGAACUGGAGUCGCACGCGCUACCAAUUGCGCCACAGCCCCAACUUGGUGCCACAUUGCCGCCUACAUAUUUACAUCUGGCGCAAGUACACAAAAAAGUUCCAAAAAAAAGAUGUUGAGGCUGACCCGUCUCGACCAGAUAACCUUGCGAACUGGAGUCGCUAUUAAGAUGUUAGAAUUGAAUCGAUUUGAAAGACUCAAUCAGAUGAACUUACCACGCGCUACCAAUUGCGCCACAGCCCCAAUUAGGUGA